AGAGGGCUCUAACUUCAUCCAUCACCCCCCUACUUAUUGAUUCCUAAAACCAAAUUACCUGCAAAAAUGGCAGCGGCCGCCGCCAGAUCGUUUUUCCGGUCUUCUAGUAGCGUUCUUAACGCCGCCGGGCGUUUUACCCGCGAAGCCAAAGCAGCCCGCGCCCCUUGCCGCAUGACCUACAGAAGCCCUCUGGGAUCUCGAUUCUUCAGGCGCCCUGUUGAGUUGAGCGGCUGCGGAAUCUCAAUGCAGCCAUUCCAUACAGCCACUGCUUUGGCUUUGAUGAACUCGAUGCUCGCCGUCUCUCCCCACAGCUUCAGUUGGCUUUCCGAAGGUUAAACUUCUCCUGAAAAAUCCUCGCUUGCAGGGAUGAUGCAUGACUGGGUAUCUGUUACUGGAGGACUCGAGUGAUUUCCCUGUCCCACAUCUUUUCAUUCUAUAUGUUGUAUUCAUUGAUAUUGAUAAAUUGACUUGAGUGUUGCAAAAGAAAUAGUCCUUAUGUUAUUGGCAUGGUUAUCAAGGCGACAAGUCAGUCCAGUCGGUGUAUAGGAGGCUAGUAGACUAGUCAAGGCCGGCCGGGAAAUGGAAAAAAAAUGAGAUUAGCCGUG